AUGGAUCUUGGGAUCGUGUACAAGUCUCGAAUCAAUUUCAGAACUUCCUGCAAGUUUAGGCAUGUUGGAUGCAAAUGGCUGCUCAUAAUUGCAGAGACUCCCAAAUGUGCCGAACCGGGAAAGGUUAUAUACAUCUUUUUUCAUGGAUGGUACGGUUGUGAGAGUCUAGCAUAUGAUUUCAGGAAGAGUCUUCCCCAGUUCUUGUCCAAGUGUGGUGACCGGUGUCGUUACAUUGUGCUCCCUGGUGAUGAGGUUCCAAAUUGGUUCAGCCAUAAGAGAAAUGGAUCGAAUUCGAUAUCCUUUCAAAUACCUUCACUUCCAAAGGCUCAAAUCAAGGGGUUGUUUGUUUGUGCUGUUUGGGCACCCGACGAAGAAAUAGUGGAGAGAUUCUUGUUCUACUCGCUGCUCUUUAUUAACAUUAACAACAACCGCUCUUUGGAUAUAAACCCCCAUGGGGUUCCUUUAAGGUUUGUUGACGAUCAAUAUUCCUGCGGCCAUCUUUCCUGCAUGGUGUAUAUACCCAAUCCAUUUGCUGAAGAUGAAAUAGCAAGUGGAAUGGAAAAGACGAUAUCCUGGGUAUCGGAUCUCGAUCUCGGUGAAGCAGCAGUGAACAAGUGUGGAAUUCAUCUAGUCGUAGAUGAGGCAAAUGCAAUAAUCGAUUCAGAAUAUUCAAAGGAUAUGGGCCCUGUUUGGUGUACCCCCACCCCCCUUUCCCCCGCAACAGGAUUCUCUCCGGUUGAACUGGAGAGGAGCACGAUAGUAAGCCUAUGUCGGUCCUUUCACACAACCGGAGAGGAUCAAGUCCCUUUCCCCCGCAAUAGGAUCCUCUCCAGUUGAAACUCAACUGGAGAAUAUCCAGUUCCCUUUCCCCCUCCCCCCAUUCACUCUGUCAGGAAAUGAACCUGUAUCAACUGCCAAAAGCCACAAAUUCAAACACUCCAAGUCACAUUGUUGGAGAAGCAUCCCAAGCCACCAGAAAAUUCCCAUUUUACCCCUGCUUUCCACAUUCCUAACCCCGACCGUGUUUCGCAAUCCCUGGACCUAGCUUUCUCUCUCUAGGUUUGGAUCUCGCUUUGUUUCAAUUGCAGGUACGAGCUGUAGGGUUUCCUCGACUUGUUACUUCCUUUGUACAAUAUUAUUCGUUGAUGAUUGUCUUUUCUAAUUGAAAUUUUUGGAUUGAUUUAGUGUUCUGUUAUGGAGUUGGGUGUUGUUUGAGUUUCUGUUGUUUAGUUGUUG